AUGUCGUCGCCGGUACGUAAAAGCCAACGUAAAAAUAAAGGCUGCUUGCCAUCGCGCCUAAGAGACCACGAAAUCACAAAAAAACCAACCCCUAAAGUGCAAAAAAGAUCGUCAUCGUUGAUUACAUGCCUUGGUUUCAGUGACGCCAAAGACUCGACAAAAAAUCCCAGUGGCGACGUUAAUGCAGCUGCCAAGGGACGGCCAUCAACAUCACAAGGAUUGAUCCAGAAUCAUACCAAUGCAAUUGGCUUGUACGACAAACAGGCAUAUGCAGACGAAGACGGUAUGUAUGGUGAUAUUUGUUCAAGUGAUGAUGGUCGUACUUACUAUCAUAAUGGUAGUAAAUCAGGGGACAGACAACUACAGUCACUUAUACAUACGCCCCACUUCCGCGACAUGGAAGUAUAUAACAAAAGAAGGACACCAAGAGAAACGACGACGAAGAAAAGAACAACCUGCUUCAGCAUGAACGAUAUGGAUACUGUGCGAGAGAGACGACAUCUUGACUUGGAAAGUGACUUCCAAAGAAUUGACAACUGGCGUAAAUCCACAAUGUUCCAAGAAGACAAACAAAGCUUCGACUCUGGUUCCAGAAUAUUCGAAUUGGAAAAUAAAAUUAAAAAUUUAACUGACAAGCUUAAGAAAGCAACCAUGCGAAAUAAUUUGCCUACAAGAAAUUAUAUUCAAGAAGUUCCCGAAUCACACGAAGAUGAAAGCAGACCAUCUUACCUGGAUUUGAUGACAACAUUUAUGGCCAGACAAUCGAAGAUGGAUUUGCCGAAAUUCGAUGGCCAUAAUCCAGAAGAGUGGCCGCUCUUCAAGAAUGAAUACUUCCGCACGACCAAAAUUGGAAAAUUCACUUCUGGAGAAAAUGUCACCAGGCUCCGUACUGCUUUAAAAGACAAAGCACUUGAAACAGUGAGCUCGUUGUUGAUUCUGCCCAACAGUGCAGAAAAAGUGAUGUCUAUUUUGGAACGGAAGUAUGGGCGGCCAGAUGUUAUCAUCAAAUCAUUAAUCGCCAAGACAACAUACAUUGACUCCCCCAAAGAGGAUAACCCGUCAUCGAUUGUUAAUUUUGCUACAGCCGUUGAAAACCUGACCGUCAUGAUUGAGUUGUUGGACAGACCUGAAUAUCUUGCGAAUCCUCAACUUAUUGAAGAAUUAGAAAGAAAACUUCCACCUAUGCUUCACAUCUUAUGGUCUGACUCAAUUUAUGAUUUACAAAGAUAUAAUCUCCGAGAUUUUUCAAACUGGCUUGAUCGCAAAUCUCAGGCAGCUUCGCUUCGGGUUUUUGCAGAUAAAUUACCGGCAACAGGAUCAAAACUGAGACGACGAACCGGGCGAGUCAACACUGUGACAUUAAAAAAGGAUGACGAAGCAAAAUGCAUCAUCUGCUCUUCAAAUUGCAAAAAUGUACCAAGCUGCAAGAAGUUCCAGGAGAUGACAAUUGAUAACCGAUGGAAAUCUGUGACCAAAGCAGGACUUUGCUUUUCAUGUCUGAAGAAAAACCAUUCGACAUUUGAUUGCCGCGAGAAGACACAGUGCAAGGUGAGUAAUUGCAAAAGAUAUCACAAUUCUUUGUUACAUUCAGACAGAAGAGCACCUUCGAAUGACGCAAUCAUCAGAAACCCUGUCGAGCUAUGUGCCAACAGCUAUUCAACAGAUAUCUCAACUAAACUUCGUAUUUUGCCAAUCUACAUACAACACAAUGACGUCUCAGUCAGAACACUGGCUAUCCUCGAUCCAGGAGCAACUUUGACGCUCAUAAGAAGUGACAUAGCUGAGCUUUUAAAAGUAAAAGGAGUUUCCUCGCCACUCUCUAUUAAAUGGUAUAAUGGUGACUUAGCUGAGGAAGCUGACUCAAUUUGCUUUUCGACAAUGAUCCAAGGUACUCACAAGGGAUCUAAAUCAUACCACCUCAGAGACGUCAGGACAGUCAAGAAGCUUCCACUGGUUCAUCAAUCAAUCAACAGAGAUUCGCUGGUGAAGAAAUGGCCGUACCUACAAAAUAUUGACUUCGAAAGCUAUAGUGGACAACCGACAGUUCUUAUUGGAGAAAAUAAUGCCCUUUUGACCUCCACUCGGCAGUUGAUCCAUGACAAGUGGAACUCUCCAAUUGCAAGUAAGACAUGGCUAGGAUGGACAAUCAGUGGAAACGAUGGAUCAAUUCGACACCCAAUGAACCAAAUCUUUAAUGUCAAUUUUGCUGCUAAGCCUGAAGAAGAAGAACUUCACGACCUGGUAAAAUCAUUUUGGGUUCUGGACAGCGUACCCAUUGCUAAUGACGACAGCAAGAUUUCCCGAGAAGACCAACGAGCGUUGCUGAUUUUAGAAAACACGACGAGGAGAACGUCUGAAAACCGUUGGGAAUCGGGUCUCCUCUGGAAGCAAGACGAUGUGAUAUUACCUAAAGGCAGUAAGACUAUGGCUUAUAAACGGCUUCUGUCACUGGAGAGAAGACUGGACAAGGACGAAAUUCUUAAAUCCGCUUAUAAAAACAUAAUUGUCGACUAUCUCGAGAAAGGCUAUCUACGAGAACUACCAAUUCCGGAUCAUCGGAGAGGUCAACAUUUCUACUUGCCACACUUUCCUGUUUUAAAUGCAAAUAAACCAGGAAAAGUUAGAAUUGUUUUUGAUGCCGCAGCGAAAUGUAAUGGAACCGCCCUGAAUGACGUAUUACUUCAAGGACCAGAUCUACUAAAAUCAUUGCCAGGCGUACUGCUUCGAUUUCGUCAAGGAUCCAUAGGCUUCGUCGCAGACAUCAGAGAGAUGUUCCACCGGGUACGAGUUCGCGAAGAGGAUAGCUGUAGUCAACUUAUUUUAUGGCGUGGAGAUGACAGAGAAGCUGAUCCGAAGACCUAUGAGAUGACCGCAAUGACAUUCGGUGCAACAUGUUCACCAUGCACCGCUAUAUUUGUGAAGGAUCGAAAUGCUGAACAUUUUAUUGACGAACACCCUGACGCAGUUAAGGCCAUACAAAACCACCACUACAUGGACGAUUAUUUGGGUACAGCCAAAAACAUACAUGAGGCUUCAUCGCUAAUCAACACAAUCAUCAAGAUACACAGCCAUGGUGGAUUUGAGUUGCGAAAUUGGUACUCAUCCUCAUCAACGAUCCUGAAGUUUAUUCCGUCACAUUUGUUGCCUGCAAGACCAAAUAGACAAAUUGAAUUCAACAAUAAAGUCCAAAGCAGCCGAGUGUUGGGAAUCACAUGGGACACUGAGAAAGAUGUCUUCACCUUUACUACAAACUUCUGUAAAAUUGACCCGAAUCUAUUGAUUGCGACCAGAAUGCCGACGAAACGUGAAUGCCUUCAGAUCAUCAUGUCAGUUUUUGACCCUUUGGGCUUUAUUGCACAUUUUGUUGUAGUCGGAAAGAUGUUACUACAAAAAAUCUGGAAGACUGCAACUGAUUGGGAUGACGAGCUACCAGACGAACUACACAACCUUUGGAAAGACUGGUUAAAUGAUUUGCAAAACAUAUCCAUGGUGCAAAUUCCUAGAUGUUAUUCCGACAUGUUCUUAGACGCUGAACAUGUAGAACUCCAUUGUUUUGUAGACGCGAGCGAAGAAGCAUAUUCCGCAGUGGCAUACGUAAGAAAUUCUAACAAAAAUUUAAUUAAUAUUUCUUUCAUUGCAGCCAAAGCCAAAGUUAGACCACUCAAACCCAACAUGACUAUACCUCGACUUGAGCUACAAGCUGCAGUCCUCGGCAGCAGACUAGUGAGUCAUAUUAAAAAAGAACAUGAAAGAAAAUUUACACGGACUGUGUUGUGGACCGAUUCAGCAACCGUGUGGUAUUGGAUACAGUCCGAAGCUAGACGAUAUAAACAGUUCGUUGCAAAUCGACUAAGCGAGAUAUCAGAGCUGACCAAUGUGAAAGACUGGAGAUGGCUGCCGACAAAGCUCAACGUAGCGGAUGAUGCGACACGAAGCGGCCUUAAAGAAUUUCACCCAGACAGUCGAUGGUUCCGAGGUCCCGAAUUUUUAUAUGGUAACGAAACAACCUGGCCAAUAAAUAAACUCCUUCCACCUUCCGCUGCUGACGAGCUGGAAUUCAUCGGAAUCGUUUCCCAAAAAUCUUCCAUCCCUCAAUAUGAGCUGCCAGACGUGACGAGAUUUUCUAAUUGGUCCAGACUUAUACGAGCAACAGCCUGGAUGUUACGAUAUGUUCGGAAUUGUAACCGAAGACGACCAAGACUUCAAGGAGAACUUACCGUAGAAGAGGUUCUUGACGCUGAAAUACUUUGGAUAAGACAAUCUCAACGCAAAACAUUUGGAAAAGAAUACGGAAGACUACUCGCAAACCAAAAACUUGACAGAACCAGUAAGUUGUACUUACUCUCACCAUCAAUAUCGAACAAUGGGACAAUUGUUUUAGAUGGAAGACUUCGCAACCUAGACGAAAGAGAGAGCUGUUAUAAAUUUCCCUUUAUAUUGCACGGACAUGAUACGUAUACAAGACUCCUUGUACGAUAUUAUCAUGUACGAGCCAAUCACAUCGGCCACGAAAGUGUGUUGAACGAAUUACACCAGAAGUAUUGGAUUGUCAAAGUUCGACCAACUUUAAAAUAUGUUAAGAAGAAGUGCAACAAAUGCAAGCUGCUGAAUUCGAAGCCAAGAACGACACUGAUGGGGCAACUUCCUUCAGCCAGAGUGACAGCAGGAAUGCCACCGUUUUGCUUCACCGGAAUAGAUUAUUUUGGUCCCAUUAUGGUCAAAGUCGGACGACGUCAUGAAAAGAGGUAUGGUGUCCUCUUCACUUGCUUGACAAUCCGUGCCAUUCAUUUGGAGAUAGCCACUAAUCUCUCCACUGAUGCAUUCAUCAUGGCACUACGACGCUUCGUAUCUAGAAGAGGAUGUCCCCGAGAAGUGUUUUCCGACAAUGGGACCAAUUUUCGUGGAGCGGACAAGGAGCUUCGGAUGAGUCUUUGUAAACUAAACCAGGACAAAAUUAAAACAUUUAUGACAACUCACCAUAUUAAAUGGAAUUUUAUUCCGCCAGCAUCGCCACAUAUGGGUGGUUGCUGGGAACGCCUGGUGCGUUCGGUUAAGACAACACUCAAGAUAAUUUUGAAGGAAUAUUUUCCGACCGAUGAACUUCUAUACACACUGAUGACGGAAAUAGAAGGGAUUAUAAAUUCCAGACCAUUGGUUGACGUGCCCACAGACCCAGAUGAACCAGAGGCGCUUACACCAAACCAUUUCCUUUUGGGAAGAUCUUCUGCUUCUGCACCUAUUGGUGUAUUCGAUAAAAACGACCUUCUCCUUCGAAAACAUUGGAGGGCUUCGCAACAUUUGGCAGACAGCUUUUGGAGAAGAUGGAGACAAGAAUAUUUACCAACGCUCAACAGACGUACCAAAUGGCUACAAAAGGGUGAAGGAGUCAAAGUUGGAGACAUGGUAUUCAUCGUAGACAGCAACUCAGUUCGUGGAUCCUGGCCGAAAGGUGUAGUGACGCAAGUAUUUCCUGGUGAAGAUGGUGUGGUGAGAGUCGUUGAGGUUCGAACUGCAUCAGGAACUUAUCGACGACCAAUAGCUAAAGUGUGUGUCUUCAAUUUUGAUCAGAAUGGUAUUGAAGAUACUCCGGACUCCAAUACCGCCGGGGAGGAUGUUGGGGAAAAUUCCAGUAACCCACACUACGAUGGCUUGUGUGGACGCGGCAAGGAAGAGACCAACUGA